AUGCAUCAGAGGAUUCUGGAAAAACAUCUUGAAAAUGACAGUCCAGAGAAAAAUUGCAAUAAACAGUCCACAUCAAAACAUAUUGAGGCACUAAGUCCAAGUGUGACAGAUGAACCUUUACAUGAAAUCAGCCUGGAUCAGAAUAUGGAUCAUGAACAAUUCUCAUCUAAUGAGGACUGUAGCAAAAUACUUCCAUACGAUGAUGAUACCAACUCAGUGACUCAUCAUGAUGAUAAUGAAGGGGAAUGUGCCUCUCUAAUUCUCGCCUGCCUGUUCUGCCACUUUUGUGACUUUCUACUUAUGCUGCCAAAUACGUGUGAAAACAUUAUGCUGAAUCUGUGUUGUCCAUUACAUAGGUAUUACCACACAUCGGCAGAAGAACACACUAAUAAUGACUGCAACUGUGACUGUGAUUUUGACUGUGGUCUUUUUGAUGCUUGUCAAGAAUCAACUGAAUGUCUGGAAUUUGCCAUGGAAAUUUCUGAAGUUUGCUAUCGCUAA